CGAGAGGAUCAGGUUUGGUCGCCACCCCGGAGACUAUAUAGAGCGGCGGCGCGGCACUGGCGUGUUACUCUGCUGCUGCCGCGACAAUGGAGAGGCAAUCCGUGCUCCUGCUGGCGGCGGUGGUGGUGGUGGUGGCGCUGGCUGGCAGUGUGGGUGCCGCUUGCCCCUGUGGUUUCCAGCCGCUCCCGUACGGCGCCUGCGUGAAGCUGUUCAGUGUGGAAGUGCAGUUCGGGCCAACGUGGGAGGAAGCGAAUGAGAAUUGCAAGAAGGAAGAUGCUCAGCUGAUCUCUCUCGACACCCCAGAGAAAUUGGAGCAAUUCUCGGUCCACUUAUUUAGCCUGGACCUCGGCGGGAACUCUUACUGUGUCGGUGCAAGGAAGACUGAGUCAGGCUGGUGCUGGCUCAAUGGAGAAAAACUGUCCUCUGAGUCACACAUGUGGCUCCCAUAUCAACCCGAAGGAAACCAUACCCACGCACGGAUCGUCCCCAUGACCAGACACCCGCGCUACUACCUUACUCCCUAUGAUGAUUGCCGAGACUACGCGUGUGAAGCGGACGAUGACUAAAACAAAUUAACACAUUCUGAAACACUUCUUACUGCUCCUUGGCUACUUUCAAAAAGCUCUAGCUGAACUGACACGGGUUUUUAAGGGUGUCUUUAUGGUUCUAGUGAGAGAUUAACAAAGUUUUUGCAUUAAGAACAGGAGAAACACUCUUGAGGAACUGGCGUAUCAUCUCAGUGGCUUUUUGAAAAUAGUCGUGGUGAGAGAGCAAAGCGUUUUUUAAUUGAGGAGGAUGGAUUGUUGCGUGUAUGUAGCCAAUAAACGUAUCUAUUUUCAUAUAUAUCUCAAGUUGUUGUUGUUGUCUUUCUUGAGUUUAACAGUAAUGGUUUUCUGAUGUGUUAAGGUUUCCUUAUUUGUUUUUUCUCUUCUGCUUUGUUAGAUUGUUUGAGAAUAUAUCUUGUUGUUA